AUGUCCGGACAGCCUGAAUCGUCGUCUGCAGGUGCCAAAAAGGCCCUGAAAGCCAACGUCAAUGGAGCCACACCUGAAUACGAAUUACCAUGGGUUGAGAAAUACAGGCCAGUAUAUCUCGACGAUGUUGUCGGCAAUUCAGAAACCAUUGAACGCCUCAAAAUCAUUGCAAAAGAUGGCAACAUGCCCCACGUAAUCAUAUCAGGGAUGCCAGGUAUUGGCAAGACUACGUCUGUCCUGUGCCUUGCUCGAACCCUACUCGGCGACGCGUACAAAGAAGCGGUCCUCGAAUUGAACGCCAGCGAUGAAAGAGGUAUCGAUGUUGUAAGGAACAGAAUCAAAGGCUUCGCACAAAAGAAGGUGACGUUGCCUCCCGGCCGUCACAAGUUGGUGAUAUUGGAUGAAGCAGACAGCAUGACAUCGGGUGCACAGCAAGCCUUACGACGAACCAUGGAGAUCUACUCCAAUACGACUCGGUUCGCGUUCGCAUGCAAUCAAUCAAAUAAGAUCAUUGAACCGCUACAAUCGAGAUGCGCCAUUCUGAGGUAUUCGAGGCUCACAGACGCGCAAGUUGUCCAGCGACUUAUGCAGAUCGUGGAAGCAGAAAAGGUGGAAUAUUCCGAAGAUGGUCUGGCCGCCUUGGUAUUCAGUGCUGAAGGAGACAUGCGUCAGGCCAUCAAUAACCUACAAAGCACUUGGGCAGGGUUCGGAUUCGUCAGUGGUGACAAUGUGUUCCGAGUCGUGGACAGCCCACAUCCAGUCAAGGUGCAAGCAAUGGUCAAGGCCUGUUGGGAGGGCAAGAUUGAUAGCGCGGUGGACACGCUGACAGAACUCUGGUAA